GUGAUGUCCCAACGUUGGCUGCUCAGUGCCCCAUUGUGUGACGCCUGGGUGGCGUCUGACGUGUUGGCCUGUACAGCCUCCAUCCUCAACCUCACCGCUAUCAGUGUGGACAGGUUCAUCGCUGUCACUCAGCCCAUCAAGUACGCCAAGCACAAGAAUUCCAAGCGAGUGUUCAUCAUGCUGGCGGUCACCUGGAUCAUCUCGGUUGCCAUAGCAGCGCCUAUCGCCCUGGGCGUCAACUACUCGGAGGACCGACGAGUGAGGGACUGCCGGUUCUUCAACUCUGACUUCAUCAUCUACUCCUCCAUGGGCUCCUUCUACAUCCCCUCCAUCAUCAUGAUCUUCCUCUACUGGAAGAUCUACCGCGUCAUAAGGCAGAGAGCGCGCAAAGCGAAGCAGGCGAAGCAUCUAAAAGACGUGGAUAAACGGGCGCUGCAGGGAGUGAUAGAAAACCCUACGGCGGCUGCUGCCCCUUCUGUUGCUGCUGCUGCUGCUGCUGCUGCUGGAGGUGGUGGUGGGGUAGGAGGAGGAGGCGGGGCGUCGAUGGGUGGGGUGUACGGAGGUCCGUCGGAGGCUACUGUGACCACUGGUCUAGCAAAGAUGGACAACGGUCGCGUGACUAGCUACAACACGACCACUUCUACCACCCACCCGGCCGCCUCGUUGCUGUCUGCCGGUCCACACGGUGUAGAUGAGUGCUCCGUGAUGACUAAUGCUCACUCACAGUCGGCUUCUGAUGACGAGGAUGACGACGAUACUGGUAGCGGCAGCGCAAAUAAUAACAGUGGAGGAGGGGGGAGUGGCAGUGGUGGGAGUAGUCGAGGGGUAGGAGGAGGAAGCGGAGGAGGAGGAGGAGGAGGAGGACUUAUGACGUCGGUCCGUGAUAACGGACGGUUGUCCAAACACGCGGAGAUGGCGGAACUCAUCGCAAACCCAGUGGCUGAGGAGAUCGAGAGAAGAGAAGAAGAAGAAAGAAGAGCGUGGGAGGAAGGAGGGAGGAAGGAGGAAGAACAAGCCAUGCUCCAAUUCGGAGGCAACAACGGAGGUUUUUCUGCCCCUGAACCUGCGGGGUCGGUCGGGGCCUCCACUUCCGGUAUCAUGGCGCACACAUGCGCGGCGCACGAAGCGGAAACGCCGUUCACGUCACUAGUGUGUAAGGGAGACACGAGCGAGAACUCCGACCAGUGCCAGGAAGGUUCGGGGAAGAAGAAAGGUAACAACGGAAACCCCAAACGAGGUCAUAAGGGGGUCACCAAAUUCAACUUUCACAGACGCACUAGCCGGAAGCGAAAGGAGAAGUCUUCGUCCAAGCGAGAGAAAAAGGCGACCAAGACGCUGGCCAUUGUGUUAGGGGUGUUCCUAGUGUGCUGGGUCCCCUUCUUCACCCUCAACAUCAUCAGCGCCAUCUGCAUCCGCUACGACCUGGACGACCUCCCGGCCUGCAACAUGAACCCCAUCUACUUCAGCCUCUUCGUCUGGCUGGGCUACAUCAACAGCUUCCUCAACCCCGUCAUCUACACCAUCUUCAACCCGGAGUUCAGGAAAGCCUUUCGGAAACUGCUCACAGAACCCUGUAGAUGAUGAUGAUAAAGAUGGUGGUGGUGGCGGUGCUGCAGAUGGUAGUGAUGAUGAUGAUGAUGAU